AUAACUAAGAAAUCUAUACUAAAACUGGCCUGUCCUGUGGUGUUGAACUUGAUUCACUGUGGAGCGGAUGUCUGUUGUAUCCAGAUACCAUGCUUCCACCCCGGCCUGGCACGGUACUCAGUCAACCCAGAAAUGUUUGCCAAAGUCCUCGACAUGACGAUGUGGACAUUACUACUGGCUAUAAGCGUUGUUUUAGACUCCGCGGCUACUUUCGAGGAACGGUCGCGAGAGGACUGCUGUAUUUACAUGAAGAGCACCGUGGAGAAAACAUUAAACGAUCAGAACUUCUACGGUCGUUACGAUGACCUGAAAGCUCAGCUUCAUGGUGAAAGACCAAAAUGGUCCUCGACUACACUUAAUAUGCGAGAGCAUUCUCGUCUGGCAGUGGCGAUCGAUUUCUUAUGGUUUGAUUUGCCGUCGAUGAGCCAGGCUCCUCCCAUCGAAGACAACAAGCCUGGACUCUACGACUGGUUCUUUUGGGCGAAUAAGCUCACGAAAGGCUCGUCUUUCUUAGCUGAUGCCAGCGUGAGUGCCAUUCUGGGGCCCGGCGCUACCUUUGUUUCGCAAGAACAUUCGAGAAGGCAGCAAGUAUCUCUAGGGACAACAGAGAGACCGCGGAAACGUCAGAAACUACAGCAAGAACCUUUUAAAACGGACGAGGUUAUCACCAUUUCGGAGGGUCUGCAUGUUCCCACCGACCGUGAUUUUGUUCCAUCGAGCAUAAGACGAUUUCUGGAGGACCUUUCAUUCAAGCUAUCUGGACCAACUAACCACCAAGUGGCCGUGGAAUUGGUGUCUAGUGAGCUUUCAAUAGCUCUUCUACCAUCACAAUUGGUCGAUGCUUGCCAAUUUCUCGAGCAGGAGUGGGGAAUAAGUCAGCCAAGUCGAUUCCAAGCCCAAUAUCAGCAAAGCUGGAACGGAGCUCCGGUGGCCAUUUGGAGAAAUUCCAAGUUCGCGAUUUUCUGGGAGGACCCCGAUGGGCAAAAUUUCAAAUUUGUCCUCUGUGCACCCAGCUCAACUAACCAGGCCCUCUCUUCGAAGGGAAAAUUUAUUUUCUUCACUCAGGACGGGAUUGAUUUGUGGGACGACAAUGGUACCCCAUAUCGAACACAAGAGGGAACUCUUGGCACAGGCGCCUCUGCUACCUUUCCGCUUUGUCGCUUGUUCUAUACCCAGGAUCAAGAAUAUCUAGGCUACCAGCUUGUCAGAUUGUGGGAGCAGGAAACCGGGCUUACGUGGAGCAGUAUAGUAGUGCAGCAACUCAGAAGGGCCGCUGGGAUGACAGAAGCUAAUGCACUAGAAAGUGUCAAUGAAAUCCGCGCAAAGCUUUUUCAAGGAGAAAGCAGGUCGCUUGUCUGUUUGAAUUGGUCAACGGAGGAAUUGCAGCCCUACCAGGGUAACCCACAGCCAUCAGAUGCUCUUUGGCUAUUGCAAAAGUGUUUACACGAGAACUGGCCAAUGGGCGGAGUUGUGUUUAUUGGGGACCCUAGCAAGUUCACAUGGCGUCUGGACAAUUUUUGGGUAAAGUUAUACAAGUCUUUAGCAAGUGGGAAGUAUUCCAAUCACCCGCGAAUCAAUGAAGUGAGCGCGUGGGCGUUGGAUCUUUCGAAUCAAAGAAAGACGGCGCAGGUGAUCGCAAAUUUGAAAUGCUUCAGUUGCAUUCUCCGGCAGAAAAAGAUCCAAGCUAGAGAUUACCAGAGGAUAGCACAGGAGAAAAGAGAUGUCAAAUUUGUCGGAACUGAAAUCGAGAUUUCUUAUGACCUUGUGUCUUGA